AUUUUAACUGCUGUAUAUAUAUAAUAUAUAUUUAGAGGAGGGUCUCUAGUCAAUAAAGCACAUUAAAUAAAAAUAAACAAAAAACAUAAAAUGCACCUUUGUAUUGGUAAAUAAAUCUGAUAUCAUAAAAAUGUCAUGGCAACUGCAUUAUUUACUGUAUUAGCCCUUUUAAGUUUCUGUGAAAUUUCAAAAAUAUGAAUCAGCAAUACAGUAAUAUAUAUAAUAACCAUUCAGAAUUUCAGAUGAAUCUAAGAUCAGAUUGGCAAAACAGUGCAGACCUGUAAAAAUGUACUUUGACUUUAUCUGGUGAAUACUUAAAGUAGAUUAUUAAAUGUUUUGUUUAAAUUAAACUUGCUUUUUCCAAGGAAGACGCCAAGUCUUAAUUCAUGUUUAGUCUAGAUAGGAAUAUUGUGCAUGUGUGUAUGUAUGCUUAUAGUGUGUGGCAUGGGGGGUAUAAAACACACUUAAAAGCAGAACAGCUCCAUACUUCCUGCUAGCAGUCUGGGUGCAACAUCAACAGGCCACUGAAACCCUUUAACCAACCAUGGAUUACGACUAUGAAUAUAAUUUCACUGGGGAAUAUAAUUACACACUGCCUACGAUUCCUAACAAUAUGACCCCUGAGAUUCAACCGAUCCAGAUAGUGGCUCUGGUCUUCUACGGGCUUGUGGUCCUGCUGGGUGUGCCUGGAAACGCGCUGGUGGUGUGGGUGACGGGCUUCUGUAUGUCCCGCUCUGUCACUUCCCUCUGGUUCCUCAACCUCGCUCUGGCUGAUCUUCUGUGCUGCCUCUCCCUCCCUCUGCUCAUGGUCCCUCUAGCCCAUGAUGACCACUGGCACUUUGGCCCGCUGGCCUGCACACUGGUCAGAAGCGUGUUUCACCUGGUGAUGUACUGCAGCAUCCUGCAGCUGGUUUUGAUCAGUGUGGAUCGCUGGAUGCUGGUCAGCAGACCCGUGUGGUGUCAGAACAACAGGCGACCUAAGUGGGCUGCCUGCGGGUGUGUUGCUGUCUGGUGCCUGGCCCUGAUAGGCAGCAUCCCCCAGUUCGUCUACACCCAGGAGAUCAAAGCAGGUGAAGACAAGAGAGAGUGCGUGACAGUGUACACUUCCCUCAGUGCCUGGCUCGUCGCCUCUUACCGCUUCCUGGUGGGAUUCUUCCUCCCUUCCCUGGUGAUUAUAGUCUGUCACUGGGUGGUGUACAGGAGGGCAGAGAGAGGACUGUCACGUGGUCGGACCCGCUCCAAGCGAACACUGAGGGUCAUCAUUGCGGUGGUGCUGAGCUUCUUCCUGUGCUUUCUCCCACUACACAUUAUGGACUUCCUCACAUUGCUUACCCCUCGAAAUUCCCCUCACAGCCCAGCAGUUUACCUGGCGCACGUUUUGACGCUCUGCCUGGCAUAUUUCAACAGUUGCCUCAACCCACUGCUCUAUGUGUGUCUGGGCCGGGGCUUCAAAGACAGCAUGAACCGCUCCCUGCGCAACAUGCUCCACUUCAUCAGCGAGGAUCCCACCAGCAGAGUGAGCAUCACUAACAACGACACAAAGAGCACGAGCAAUGGAAAGGAGAUGACUAAAAUCUGAGGCUGUAUUGACUUUGAUAUACUUGCAGUUGUAUGUGUGUUGUAAUAUGCUGUUCUUCUAAAAGUGUAUGAGUGUCCAUACCUAUUGUAGAGUUUAACAGGAGUGAACUCUGCCUACUCACUGCACUGAACUUGGACAUCCUAACCACUGGGUUUCAUAAACUAUCAGUGUUUAGAAUGAAUUGUUUGACACAUACUGGCGAACAUGAACUUUUUGGGCAUGGGCAUGUUAUCAGGCUGAGUCAGGAUUGCAACUCAUCAGCAACUAUUGGCCAAUUUGCAAUAUUUCCUGUGGACAUUCGCGUCUCAUGCAACAAAACGCUUAACACUUCUGUGUUUUUGUUCCUACACAAGGAUAAUUUCAGACUGCGCUUCUAUGUAUUUCUGUUAUUAAUAGGAAUGUAGAAAUGGUCUUGUAAUUCAAGUGUUUUGCUAUUAGAUACUGAGAUUAAAUGAAUAUUAUUUUAUAUUAUCGCCAAUUAAUAAUUCGUUCUGGUAACACACAUACACACAGAUUUGAUUACCUCACGUAACAGUGACUUUACCACAGUGAUAACAGAGAGACACAGUCACGUCCUCUUGUGUAAAAGUACUACGCAUACACCACAAGAGGGAGCUACACUCUAACUCUCUGAUGCUCCAUGGCCAAAGUGCAUAUAGAUGGUGUACACCUACUCUGAGACCCAUUGUUUUAGUGUGACAGACCCUAAAGACAAUAGAUAAGAUUGGAGAAGAGAUUGAACAGGUAAUAUGAGCUUUAGUGAUGUUUGUAGGUUUGACAAAUACAUGCAAUUCAGACAAAUGUACCACUUAGCAUGUCUACUGAAGUCCAUGAAAUGUAAAUUCAUAAAACCACUUGCCUAAUGCACAUUUAUGUUAAUUUAUGGUGUUUUUGACUGAUCUUGUUGUACCAGGGUCACAAAAUGUAAGAAUAAACAAAAAAUGUGUUAAAGUACCAAA